AUGGAUUCAAAUUCCAGCACUGUGGUUGUAACUGGUUUUGGUCCCUUUAGACAAUACCUGGUUAAUUCUAGCUGGGAAGCAGUGAAGGAGCUGUCCAAAAGAGGCCUUGGUAAAAACAUAGAUCUGCAUAUCAUGCAGCUGCCGGUGGUUUACCAAAAAGCAAAGGAGCAGGUUUUUGCGAUAUGGACAACUCUUCAGCCACUGCUCACUGUUCACGUUGGGCUGGCUUCAUCCGCCAAAGCAGUCAUCAUCCUUGAGCAGUGUGGGAAGAACAAAGGAUACCAAGAGAUGGAUGCUUGUGGUUUUCACCCAGAAGGUGGCUGUUGCAUGCUAGAUGGCCCGGAAAAGAUUGAAUCUACAAUUAAUAUGAAGACUCUCUGGAAAAACAUUUCACUGGAAGGGAUUGAUAUAAUCUUUUCCAGAGAUGCGGGAAGGUAUAUCUGUGAUUACACCUACUACACUUCCCUCUAUUACGGCAAUGGAAGAGCAGCUUUCAUCCAUGUGCCUCCAUUAUCCAAAUCGGUAACAGCAGGCGCUCUAGCCAAAGCACUACAGAAAAUUAUCUUAGAAAUGUUAAAACAGUGGAAAAAUAACUACGGGACAGAGGCAAGAGAAGAUAAUGGGACCUAA